UUUAUAUUUCCGAAGCUAACGGUACAAUGGUCCCCCCACUACAGCAAGGUCCUCCUUUUCAUGGAUCUAGUUCCUCGACGGACAGCGGUAGAGUCCUCCAGAGUGACAUUGAAGAAACCAACUACGAUAUCCUCUCUGAAGUGCAGCCACCACAAACGAUCAACUUGUUCCGUCCUUCGAACCAUUUCAACCAGGCGCUUUUAUGCUUAGUCACGGGCAUCGGGAUUGAAUUGUGGUGCAUGGAGAUUAUAUGGCCAGGCAUAUGUGAAGAAUUGUGGUGGUUUGACUGUCUACAUCCCAACUCUUUCAACGCAGCGACAUCCGCGGCCAUCUUCGCUAUGGUCUUUGGCCCAAGAUCUAGCAGUCGCAAAUUUGACUGUCCGGUAUUCGUUGCAGAAGCUCGAAAUGGCUGGCCACGUACGUGUAACAACGUAAAGAGUACUAACAUGGCCGACUUGCGGCGCCACUUGACAGCUCGAGCAGGCCGCGGUUAUACGCGCCAGUUAGCGUUUUUGGAACUUUGCCCUACCUGCAACAAUGAUUUCAUCGACAAGGACGUGUUUGAGUCUCAGCACGGUUAUCGAGGAGAGCUUUGCAAUAACCGCCAGCCCCAGCGCAGGGGGGCCAAUGCGCAAGUGCAGUGGGAAUUGUUGUACCAGCAAGUGGAGGCGACGAUGGCUUCUCAACAUGCUCAAAUGCGGCAAUAUGAUGAUACUAUUCUACCAGGGCCCAAUACCAGUCUUGCAUCUCCAUCGACAUCGCACGACGCGGUCGAUGCUUUUACCCCUCAGUCUGCAUUUUGCAGCCAAGACGACGCCACGCCUUAUCCCACGCUCGAUCAGCCCAUUUUUGAGUCAGAUUCUGACGAGGAAGUAGGCCAAGAGCCACCGCACACUGCGCCGUCCUUGUUCAGUGUGGUAGGCCAAAAUCGCCGCCCAUUGAGUAACCCCAAUCGUCUAUCGUUGGUGUCGCGAGGCCAAACUGGCAUUCGCGGCAAUACCAAAUCAGUGCUAAUCGAACCUCCAAAUGACAUUGGAACCCGAGGUUCCAGACCAACAUCGACAACAACUAGUAGGCCUCCCCAUAUAGUUCCUUCGUCAAGAGCCUUUGGCGCAGCCAGAGGGGUUGUUCAGCAUAUUGCAACGAGCCAAGUAACUUCGGUCAGCUUAUUCGGCGAAAGCUCAGAGGCAACGUCUCCCCGGAGUCUGGACACGGCACCUUCUUUCAUACACAAUUCAAUUGGAGAAUGUAGUUCUUCAUACGGCGAACAUGGUAUGAAAUUCGAACACCGCAGAGAGACACGACUGGAUGAUGCUGAAUCUGAAAGAUGGCAAGAGUUCCCUUAUGGCUCGACACCGGAUUACGACGAAGACUUGAUCCACGUGGGGCUUUGGAGCUUGUCAUCUUCCUGCAGCGACGCAAGCACUUCGCCUUGGACCCGCCACACGGAGCCGGCAGAACAAUCGGAACGAACAGGGGGCAGUUCUCUGGCACGCGGCUCUCAAGGGCCCGUACCUUUGAUUCGCAUGCCCGAUGCCCCAAACACAUACUCGAAUCUCCACUCUUCGACCAGUCAUAAAAGCGAUUCCGAGACUCACGAGUACAUCACUUGUAGUCAGUGUGCCCUUGUCUUCAGGGGUAAAUACAGCAAGGGAAAUCUGGCGAGGCAUCAACGGCUCAAACACCAGGGCACCACCAAAACGUAUCCUUGCAAUGCGUGCGAUCGCGUCUUCUAUCGCCAGGAUGCUCGCCUGAAACACAUGCGCAAACACCAUAAAAAUUCCAUGUCCGCUCCGCUCGAUCCAGGCUCUUCUUCCGCCGCGUCCAGCAAACACGAUCACGGCACCAGGAUACCAUCGGUGCCUGAGAGCGAGUCGGCGGGAAGCAUAGCCACGGGUUAA